CCAUGACCAAACGGAGAACAGACCGAAACGUUUGAGCAGCAAGCAGGCUUUCAAUUGCGUCUGUCUCCUCGAUAUACUUGCGUGAAACAGACUGCCCAGGAUCCAUGGCAGCGGACGACAGCAAGCCAAAUAAGCUCCUUCACUCCAUACUCCAUCGACUCAUCCCAGCCCUCCUCUCGGUAGCAAUUACGAAUUCGCCCAAAUAGGCAAUCAGAUCGAAGCACGAGCCAAGUGCUGCCAAUCCCAAAAUCGAGGCAGAAUUGUUAUUGUAUAUUUACUUCUUUCCCAUCACUGUUUCCGAAUUGCUGUACAGGGCAAUUCGCUGCUGGGAUCAAUCAGGACAAAGACAAUGCCGCCCAACGGCAAAACCAAUGGGCGAUUCCAACUUCCCCAACUUACUCCUGUAAACUAUUCUCUCACAGAGGGCACCAACAUACCACCGCCUCCUGAUUCUCCUGUCGAAGAGAAGCCGCCACCUCCUGCGCCGAAGCUAGAAGUCGUGGAAAACUCUGUGCCAGCAACGAAUAGACAAUCCCUUGCGCCGAAUAAUUCGAAUGGGAUCUACGAUGGCCGCGGUCGAACGAGCAGCCACGAUCAGCCACCCAUGAGCCCUGCCUCUUCGAAGAGGCCGAGCAGCAUUCGGAGGUUCCUAUCGAGGAAAUCCCUGUAUUCGAGUUAUUCGGAUGGCACAGAUCACAACGACGAGGAUGUGACGAUGAUGGACAGGCCCGAGAGCUCGCUGAGCUUCGUGGAUGGCAGACCGGGACUGAGGACAAAGAAGAGUGGAGGCUGGUUCAGACGUAUAGGAAGUGGAUCGAGUGGGAAUAGAUCGAGCGUGGUAUAUGAGGAGAAAAAGGUCCCGAUGGGUCCUCCGCCGCCCAAACUACCCGAGUUGAAUCAAUUGAAGGCGAAAAUCCCGGAGGACGAUGAAGGCAGUUUAGGUGCUGACGAUAUAUUCAAGAAUAUUAAGUAGAGCGGGAGUAUUGUGAUGUUGGAUAUUGCAACGCGAUCAACGGCUAGAUGUUGGAUGGUCACCAAUGGUCGCAUGGCUCACGACGUUUCGAGACUUAGGGGGGUGGGAGAGUAAGGGAAGACAUGAGAUACCCGGCUCGAAGAGAGGAGCACCACUCUUUUGGAUCGUUUCUUUAUUUGGGUGCUGUAUGCUGUAUAGCGAUUAUUCGGUAUCUCGGGUGGUAGCCUCAUUCAAGGCUUGGUAAUGCCCUAAGCUGGCAGCAUUUGUAAUACUGGCAGACUCUUGGCUUACCAUGAAGCUCUCUUUGUGGUUUAAAAUUCAUUUGUUAGUAUUGGGUUGGAAAAGAACGAAUCACUUGGUUUCCUUUGUGUAAAUUUUACCUACUUGCGCCGCCCUCUGUCUUCAAGGUCAAUUUUGUUCGAU